CACAGCUCAGAGCCCAUUCCCUUUAUUUACCUGUGGCCUCUCUUCUCUGCUCAUUGUCAAUGCCCACACUACACAAUAUCAAUGGAAAAUCAGCCUCCUGGUUUUCGCUUCUACCCAACAGAGGAAGAACUAGUGGCUUUCUACCUCCAUAACAAGCUUCAGGGGGGAAGCGACCACCUCAGCAGAGUCAUCCCUGACAUUGGCAUUUAUGACUUCGAGCCCUCCCAGCUUCCCAAGCUUGCGGGAGAGAGAUGUCGUGCAGACACAGAGCAAUGGUUCUUCUUCUCGCCGAGACAGGAGAGGGAAGCCAGAGGAGGCAGACCCAACAGGACCACGGCUUGUGGGUAUUGGAAAGCCACAGGUUCUCCAGGGUACGUUUACUCUUCUGAUAACAAAGUCAUUGGGUUGAAGAAAACCAUGGUUUAUUACAGAGGCAAAGCUCCUUCCGGAAGGAAAACCAAGUGGAAGAUGAACGAAUACAGAGCUAUUGAAUUCUCUCACCAAUCCUCUGUUCCUACUCCUAAGUUGAGGCACGAAUUCAGCUUGUGCCGAGUUUACGUGGUAUCGGGAAGCUUUCGAGCAUUUGAUCGUCGCCCUUUAGCUUCUUCAACAUGUGGGCAGGAUCAGGAUAUAAGGGUGGAUGAAUCAAGCUCGCGUGGAACCUCCCAUCCACUCCCUGAUGCAAACCCGAAUGUAAAUAACGAGGAAGAAGAAUCUCUGUGGGACUGGGGACACUUUACUUGCGAUGCUUCUGUUAAUUAUGACUCGAUUCCUUGAAUUAUACUAUAUCUUGUUGACAUCUGCUUUUUGAACUUCUUGUUCAUAAGGCUUUGACCUCUGGUCGUCGUCUAGCCUCUCUGGUCUGGGUAAGCGUUUGAAGCAGCUGUAUGGUUCUGAUUUCUUCACUUGAUGGGUGCUGGAAGACAGAGAUGCGUUAAUUCAUUGUAUUUGUUCAUGACUUUAUAAAGAACCGAAACCAUUUCUCUUCUGAAUUAGGGAAGUAUUAUUGCGAUCUGCACUGAUGCUUGUUAUUUAGUUACAAUUUGAUCAAAGAUGCCUUGUUAUUCAA